GACUGCGCCGUCCUGGGACAGCAUAGAGCCCGGCUCACGCUGAAACUGCGGACUCGCUGUGUCACCACUGUCGCCUCCGUCGCCACCGCAGACCCUAGCCGACACCAUGAACCCAGACCUGCGUAGGGAGCGGGCCGCCGCCACGUUCGACCCGGAGCUGAUCACAUACCUUCUGGACUGCGGCCCUGAGAAGACCCGGCGCCGCCGAGAGAUAGAAAACAUGAUUCUCAACGACCCAGACUUCCAGCAUGAGGAUUAUAACUUCCUCACUCGCAGCGAGCGUUACGAGGUGGCUGUCAAGAAGAGUGCUAUCAUGGUGAAGAAAAUGAGGGAGUUUGGCAUUGCAGACCCUGAUGAAAUCAUGUGGUUUAAAAAUUUUGUGCACCGAGGGCGGCCUGAGCCUUUGGAUCUUCAUUUGGGCAUGUUCCUGCCCACUUUGCUUCACCAGGCCACCGCAGAGCAGCAGGAGCGCUUCUUCAUGCCCGCCUGGAAUUUGGAGAUCACUGGCACUUAUGCCCAGACAGAGAUGGGUCAUGGAACUCAUCUUCGAGGCUUGGAAACCACUGCCACAUAUGAUCCCAAAACCCAAGAGUUCAUUAUGAACAGUCCUACGGUGACCUCCAUUAAGUGGUGGCCUGGUGGGCUUGGGAAAACUUCAAAUCACGCAGUAGUUCUUGCCCAACUCAUUACUCAGGGGAAGUGCUAUGGAUUACAUGCUUUCAUUGUACCUAUUCGUGAAAUGGGGACUCACAGGCCCUUCCCAGGUAUUACUGUGGGAGACAUUGGUCCCAAAUUUGGUUAUGAAGAGAUGGAUAAUGGCUACCUGAAGAUGGACAACUAUCGUAUUCCCAGAGAAAACAUGCUGAUGAAGUAUGCCCAGGUGAAGCCUGAUGGCACAUACGUGAAACCUGUGAGUAACAAGCUGACCUAUGGGACCAUGGUGUUCGUGAGGUCCUACCUCGUGGGAGAAGCAGCUCGGUCUCUCUCCAAGGCGUGCACCAUUGCCAUCCGAUACAGCGCCGUGAGGCGCCAGUCUGAAAUCAAACCAGGUGAACCAGAACCGCAGGUUUUGGAUUUUCAAACACAGCAGUAUAAGCUCUUUCCAAUCCUGGCUACUGCCUACGCCUUCCAGUUUGUAGGCAGCUAUAUGAAGGAGACCUAUUAUCGGAUUAACGAGAGCAUUGGCCAAGGGGACCUGAGUGAACUGCCUGAGCUGCAUGCCCUCACUGCCGGUCUUAAGGCAUUCACCACCUGGACUGCAAACACUGGGAUCGAAGAGUGUCGGCUAGCUUGCGGUGGGCACGGCUAUUCUCAUUGCAGUGGUAUUCCAAAUAUUUAUGUCACUUUCACCCCAGCCUGCACUUUUGAGGGAGAAAACACCGUCAUGAUGCUACAGACAGCCAGGUUCCUGAUGAAAAGUUACGACCAAGUACGAUCAGGGAAGCUGGUGUGUGGCCUGGUGUCCUACUUGAAUGACCUACCCAGUCAGCGCAUCCAGCCACAGCAGGUGGCAGUCUGGCCAACCAAGAUGGAUAUCAACAGCCCUGACAGCCUGACAGAAAUAUAUAAGCUCCGUGCAGCCAGAUUAAUAGAUGUUGCUGCUAAAAACCUUCAAACUGAAGUAAGUCACAGGAAAAGCAGGGAAGAAGCAUGGAACCUAACCUCUGUUGACCUUGUCCGAGCAUCUGAGGCACAUUGCCACUACGUAGUAGUUAAGCUCUUUGCUGAUAAACUCCUAAAAAUUCAAGAAAAAUCCAUCCAAAUCGUCUUAAGGAAUUUGUUUUUCUUAUAUUCUCUGUAUGGUAUCAGUCAGAAGGCAGGAGAUUUUCUUCAGGGAAACAUUGUGACAGAGUCUCAGAUUACUCAAGCAAACCAGCGUGUAUUGGAGUUGCUCACUGUAAUUCGCCCCAAUGCUGUUGCUUUGGUUGAUGCAUUUGAUUUUAAGGAUGAGACACUUGGCUCCGUUCUUGGCCGCUAUGACGGGAAUGUGUAUGAAAAUUUGUUUGAGUGGGCCAAGAAAUCCCCACUGAACAAAACAGAGGUCCACGAAUCUUACUACAAGCACCUUAAGCCCCUGCAGUCCAAGCUCUGAAGCAUCAUGAGCCCCAGUGUGAUCUGCCCCACAAAGCAGCUUAUGCAGCUCCCCUUGCCUGAUUUGCAAGUCUGCAUGGACUCUCCCAGACUCGUAGAGCUGCAGAGCAAACGAUAAAGUCACCUCUUUCUCUUUUAUAAAUGAAGAAAAAAUGAACAGAUUUCAUAGAUUAAUUGAAAAAAGGUUAUGUUUUAAGUGCAAUUAAUACUGAAAGAAUUGUUAAGCAUUCAGAAGAAGUUUAGGAAAUACAGUAUGACUUUUACUUGUAAUGCUGCUGAUCCUAGUAGGUCAUGAUGUUUGAUAAUUAACAGAAUUUAACUACUCAGUACUUAAAUGUUUUUUCUUUUUUUUCAGUACUUAAUUAUUUUCACAUUUUAAUUGCUAGUCACUGGCUGUAUAAGUGUUUUUAAGCAAAGGAUUUUGGGGGAGUGGAGUUGAGACAGUGUCUCACUGUGUAGCCCAGGCUGGCCUCAAACUCACAGUGAUCCUCCUGCCUCAGCCUCCUAAGUGCUGGGAUUGUAGCCAUGGGCCACCACACCCAUCUCCGGCAAAGGUAUUUUUUUAAAUGGGGCAGAACCCUUUAAGAUUUCCUGUGAAAUGACCUACCACCCAUUCCAAGGGGACUGGCUCAAAUGCAGAACUGAAAGGGAUUGGGAAGAAACUGGUAGAAAACUUAAUGUGAGUGCAUGUGUGCUUACACAUUUGCAGCCUUCUGCCCUCCUUUGCAGAUGCGCUGCUCCUAUUACAGCAGCAUUUUCCAACAAGAGAAUCCCUUCCCUGCAGGCCUCAGGACAGCAUUUGUUGUCACUUAUCACAUAGCACUGUGACUCCUUUGUCUUCUACUUGAGUAGCAACAUUACUUCUCUGGGACCUCAAGCAGUGGUGUUCGAUCUCCUUCCUCUCUCUUUUGCCCUUUUCUGAAGCAAAUAUUAAAGAGUGGAGAAAAAAAAUCAUUCCUUAUUGUAAAGUACAGUAAAGGGUGAGCCCUCAGCUAUGGCACUGCUGUGAUUUUGGUCACCUUAUUAGCUAGAUUUCCUAGGAUAUUCCAGAUUUUAAAUAUUUGUCAGUUUGUCAUAAGCCAUUAAAAUGCUUGGAGGUUACAAAGUAUUUGGCCUGAAAAGUUUAAAAAGGAAAGCCCAUUUGGUGGCACCCCCGCCUGUAAUCUCAGUUACUCAGGAGGCUGAGGCAGGACGGUCAUGAGCUGGCUGGUAGAGUGCUGGCCUAGCAUACAUGAGGCCCUGGGUUCAGUCUUCAGUACUGCAAAAAGAAUAAAACAUGGGGCCGGGUAUUUAGCUCAGUGGUUCCCGUGCCUGCCUCGCAAGCACAAGGUCCCAAAUUCUAUCCCCAUACCCCCAAAAAAGAAUAAAACAUUACUCAGGUCACCUUUUACACCCAGAAAUAACACAGAAACACUCUAACACAAACCAUGUGUUUUGAUUUUUGGUUCAGAAAAUAUAAUCAUUGAAAUUGUGGCUAAAGGAUAAGGGAGUUCUGUAGAUUGUUUCUUAUUUAAUAUCUGGCUUUGUAUAGUUCUGUGAGCAUUAUCUGCAGUCUCAUUUACACAAUCGGUCUACAUUUAAAGAUUAAAACACGUACUUCCUAAUGAAUUGUUUUCUUUAAAAUCAAUGUAAAACAUGUCAGUUGAUUUUUUUUUUUUUACCUGUUAAUUGUUUAUACCCAUGGCAUCUGCAUCAUGAAGCCAGUUGCACUAGAAUCAGUCCUGAGAAUAUAGUAUAAUUUAGUGAAAAUGAUUUCUGUCUUAGCACUUGACAUGAAAUCUAUCCCAGGGGUGCUGGUAACAUGAGGCUUGUGGAUUACAGCAGAAAUACCGGAUGGGGACACAGCCUUAAUCUUCCCCCGGGAGAACCAAUAAUUGUGUUAAGGUUGAAGAGUAUCACUGUCAGUAUACACUGGCUGUACAUGAUAGUAGUUCACAUUCUGAAAACAGCAAUGUAAAUCUCAAUGACUUAAUACUGAUUGAUCCAUUAAAUGUGGAAUUAUUUCAAAAUUAGUGUUUAGAUACUGUACUUACCGGUGAAUAUUUGUGGGCAGAAUCUGAUGAUGUCUGAACCUAUCUGGGAUCUAUCUUUGCAGGUUUGAACAAGUUGUAGACACUACAGAGCCACCUUUGAUCCAGCACCUUGAGUUUUAUUUAAAGACUAAAUCUGACAUUUGAUACUAGUAUUUUUAUUAACAUUGGAAUGUUUUGUUCUGAACUUUUUUUCAGUGUAAUCAGAGAAUAAAGAUACAGUAACACCAUA